CGACGCGAAUGGAUAAAAAGGAGACGUCGAGGUUGAAGAGUUUAAUGAAGGUUGUCGAUCCAGGGUUGAUUGGUGCCUUAGGCUGCAGAUCUCGUAAACAUCGCGCUGACAUUUUCAGGGGCCGACGACGAAAAAUCUAUUUCUUUCGAGCACGCGCCGCAACCCAUUGACGGACUUGAGAGUAUAUCAAUGUUGGUUGAACACGAGAUUUUUCCUUCCUGCAGAUAUAUAUAUAUAUAUAUAUAUCCUGAUCAAUACAAUCUCGAAGCUCCUGAGUAACUCUGUCGCAACCUAUACAACACCGCGCAGAAGCCAGCCAAACUGGCUUGAUUGCUCACCAUGUCCACCCCCGCCCCCUUCAAUCUUGAUAUGCCAACGAUGCUCUGCAUCGCCUUUGCGCUAUCAUUUAUGCCAAUCGCCUAUAUACUCGGUACGACUCUGAUACCCGCAAAGGACCCACGAAAUCGCAUCCUCUUCUUCUGGCACGCCUACGACGCCCUCACCCACGUUUUUAUCGAGGGCUCAUUCCUCUACGAGUGCUUCACCAGUUACGCAACCCUGCCCUCUGGCAUCGGCCAAGAAGUCGCAUUCCUGGGUAUUAAAGACCGAGUCUAUGGCGCCGCACACGGGACCGGGCCCAGCGCGCGCCUUUGGCAAGAGUACGCAAAAGCAGACCACCGCUGGGCUGUUGCCGAUGCCACCGUGAUCUCCCUUGAAAUGUUGACUGUUUUUCUGGGAGGCCCGGCUGCGGUGUACAUCUGCUAUCUGCUCUAUGUUUCAUCGAGCCCCAAGUACAGUGCAGAAGUGAAGGGUCCCGCAAAAGGGAAGCUCUGGUUGGUUGCGACCGCGCUGGCGACCGCCGAGCUCUACGGUGGAUUUAUGACCUUUGCGCCGGAGUGGCUCACCGGGAGUACGCAGCUGGAGACCGGGAAUGCGGUGUACUUGUGGUUUUAUUUGGUGUUUUUCAACACGCUCUGGGUCUGGAUCCCUCUUUGGGUACUCUGGGUGGCCGUGCAGGAGGUGCGGAGCGUGUUUGUGCUCGCUGAAGGAACUACUAAUGUGAAACGCAAGGCGAAAUGAUUGAUGAGCUAUCUGGACUGCAAGACGUUUAAUGAAGAAGGUGGGCUGCUUUCGGGUUAAUUGCUAUAUAUAUAUAUAUAUGUAUGGAUACGGAGCCAAGAAGACUAGAGAUUUCCACUCAUAGAGCUAUUUGAUAUCUCGUUCGGACGGUUGUUUAUGAGAAUGAUUA